AUUCCAAAAAUCUUUUAUAACUAUUUUCUAAAGUUCCCAAAAGGCGUAUUUUACCUGAUUUUUAAUUUUCCCAAAAGUCAUUAUUGCUCUCUUCUCAGAGCGGUGGUGGGGUUCAUCAAUCUCGAUCACAACCAUCCAUUUUUACGCCCUUUUCCCAGUCAGAUCCUGACGGUUCAUUGCGGAAUUUCGGAACUGUACAGGAGGAGAAACGAGAAAGCAGAAAGAAGUCAAGUCAAGAAUCACGACCAAAACCAGAAGUAAACAACACCCGAUAAGUAGUUCACUCCUAAACCUUACUUGAGAAGCUACCCGACUGUACCCAUCAGCUUAUAUAAUCUCCCAUCGCAUCCGACAUUCGCAAUCUCAAUGCUUUCAUUCUCCUGGAAUCUGCAAGGAUUCUUGAUUAUUGCGAGCACCUGUUAGAGAACCCCAGUCCGCAAGUUCUUGUUUUUGGAGAGAAAUAAAUGGGAUCGGAAGAAAGUGAAAAGAUAGUGGUAACUCAAGUAAGCAUUGGCGGAUUUGAUGGUGAUGUCAAAGCGAGAGAUCUUAUGAGUUAUCUUGAAUCUGAAGUUGGGCUUGUGGACAAAUGUAGAUUGAAAACUUCUUGGACUCCUCUCGAUUCCUACCCAGAUUUUGACAUCAUUAAUGUUGCUGAUGUCAUUAAAUCUGAUGAUUACAAGAAGGUGGUACCCCAUGCAUUUGUGCAUUUUGCCACACCUGACUCUACUGCUUUGGCUUUACAUGCUGCUCGUCGUUGUGAGCUAUUAUUGAAUGAUAACUUAUUGAAAGUGAGUUUGGGGCCUGAGAGUCCUUUCCAUGUUAAUCAGAGGCGGAGGACUAAGGUUCCCUUUAAGUUAUCUGAUGUGCUUGUUGAGAUAGGGAACUUAACUUGUCAAGAUGGAUUCUCUGUUGCUUGGAGAGGGCCUUCCAGUGGAAUGGAUUUUCUAGUGGAUCCCUUUGAUAGAACUUGUAAAUUUUGUUUCACGAGGGAUACUGUGUUCACGUUUAAAGGCAACAACAAGCAUACAGUUUUGAAGUGUGACUAUAAAGUGGAGUUCCUGGUGAGGGACAUUAAUCAGAUAAAAAGAUAUACAGAUAUAUCAUGUUAUGUUAUUCUCUUGCAACUUACUUCGGCACCCUGCAUUUGGUAUAGAACUGCAGACGAUGAUAUUUGUAAAGCAGUUUCAUAUGAUUUGUUGGAUGAUGAUGAUCCAUGGAUCCGGACAACAGAUUUCACGUCUAGUGGGACUAUGGGUCGUUGUGAUACUUACAGAGUUUCAGUCCCACCCCGCUAUGGUGCCAAGCUGAAUAACGCCAUGAAUUAUCUCAAAGAACAAAGGGUCCACCAGGUCUCCCUCAACCGGCCUCCCAAGGUCAUGCAUGAACCAGAUUAUGGGGUGCGCAUGACAGAUCACUUUUUUUGCAUCCAUUACAAAGAAGGCAUACCCUUUGAGACAUUAUUUCUAGUAAAUGCCGUAAUGCACAAAGGGAUAAUCAACCAGCAUCAAAUGUCCGAUAGAUUUUUUGAUUUGCUAAGAAACCAGCCAAAUGAAGUCAAUUUGGCUGCUCUAAGUCAUAUUCAUGCUGAUAGAUGUCCUGUACCUGAUGCCUGUAAGAGGAUAAAACUUGUACAAGAAUGGUUGUUGAAGAACCCUAAGCUUUGGAAAAGAUCUAAAGAGCUGGUUGAUAUCAUUGAAAUUAGGAGAUUAGUAAUAACACCAUCAAAAGCAUAUUGCUUUCCACCUGAGGUUGAACUCUCCAAUAGGGUUUUGAGAAGGUACAAGGAUGUUGCUGAUAGGUUCCUCAGGGUUACCUUCAUGGAUGAGGGCAUGAGGAAGAUCAAUUCACAUGUUUAUACUUAUUAUGUUGCACCUAUAGUAAAGGACAUUACUUCCAAAUCCCUUUCCCAGAAGACUAAAAUAUUCGGAAGGAUGAAAAAUAUUCUGCAAAAUGGAUUUUACUUGUGUGGACGGAAAUAUUCCUUUUUAGCAUACUCAUCCAACCAACUAAGGGAUCAAUCUGCUUGGUUUUUUGCUGAAUGCAAAAAUGUAACAGUUGAUAGUAUUUUAAGUUGGAUGGGUAGGUUCACCAAUAGAAAUGUUGCGAAGUGUGCUGCUAGAAUGGGUCAAUGUUUUUCAUCUACUUAUGCAACAAUUGAAGUUCCAAGUAAUAUAGUCAAUGAUGAUCUUCCAGAUGUCGAGAGGAAUGGAUAUGUAUUCUCUGAUGGGAUCGGCACCAUUACUCCUGAUCUUGCACGGGAAGUUGCCAACAAAUUGAAGUUGGAUGGCAAUCCGCCAUGUGCCUAUCAAAUUAGAUAUGCAGGUUGCAAAGGUGUGGUUGCUUCUUGGCCAUCCAAGGGUGACGGGAUCCAACUUGCUUUAAGGCCUAGCAUGAACAAGUUCCAAUCAGAUCAUAGAAUCUUGGAGAUCUGUUCAUGGACUAGAUUUCAGCCAGGUUUUCUUAACAGGCAGAUUAUAACCCUACUUUCUACACUAAGUGUUCCUGAUGAAAUUUUUUGGAGUAUGCAGGAGACUAUGGUUUCAAAACUAGAUCGAAUGAUCACUGAUACAGAAGUGGCAUUUGAUGUUCUCACUGCAUCCUGUGCUGAGCAAGGAACUGCUGCAGCAAUUAUGUUGAGUGCUGGCUUUGAACCUCGAACCGAACCUCAUCUAAGGGGCAUGCUAAUGUGUAUAAGAGCUGCUCAGCUCUGGGGCCUUCGCGAAAAAUCCAGGAUUUUUGUUACUGAGGGGAGGUGGUGUAUGGGGUGCUUAGACGAGAGCGGAGUGUUGGAAGAAGGCCAAUGCUUCAUCCAAGUAUCCACUCCAUUGCUUGAGAAGUGUUUCUCCAAGCAUGGGUCUCUCUUUGUUGAGACAAAGAACAAUCUUAGUGUGGUAAGAGGGACUGUGGUUAUAGCCAAGAAUCCGUGCCUUCAUCCGGGAGACGUGAGAAUUCUUGAAGCAGUUGAUGCUCCUGAGUUGCAUCAUUUAUAUGAUUGCUUAGUUUUUCCCCAAAAUGGUGAACGGCCCCACUCAAAUGAAGCUUCUGGAAGUGAUUUGGAUGGGGAUCUCUACUUUGUCACAUGGGACGAAAAUCUUAUUCCACCAAGCAAGAGAAGUUGGCCACCUAUGGAGUAUGCUCCAGCGGAAGUAAAGACUCUUUCGCGAAUGGUUAAUCGCUGGGACAUAAUUGAAUUUUUCGCAAAAAAUAUGAUCAAUGAGAGUUUGGGGACAAUAUGUAAUGCACAUGUUGUUCGUGCUGACCGUAGUGAUUAUGGAGCUUUGGAUGAGAACUGCAUUAAACUAGCUGAAUUAGCUGCCACAGCAGUUGAUUUCCCAAAGACAGGGAUGAUUGUGACCAUGCCUCCUCAAUUAAAACCGAAACUAUAUCCAGAUUUUAUGGGAAAAGAAGCUAAUCAAUCAUACAAGUCUACCAAAAUUCUAGGAAGACUGUACCGCCGAAUUAGAGAUGCGUAUGAUGAAGACAUAACCACAUCGUGUGAGCUGAAUUUUACUCCUGGCGAAGUCCAUUACGAUGUAGAUCUCGAAGUUCCAGGAGCAGCGGAUUUCAUUUCAGAAGCAUGGAAUCAGAAGUGCUUGUAUGACGGUUCGCUGAGCGGUUUACUUGGACAGUAUAAAGUUAAUAGGGAAGAAGAGAUUGUUACUGGGCAUAUUUGGUCCAUGCCAAAGUACAGUAGCAGGAAGCAAGGAGAUCUGAAGGAGAAGCUUAAGCAUUCUUAUACCACCCUUAAGAAAGAGUUCAGGCAAGUUUUUGAGAAUAUCGGCCCAGAGUUUGAGCAACUCACUGAUGAUGAAAGGAAUACAUUGUAUGAAAGGAAGGCCUCUGCCUGGUAUCAGGUGGCAUACCAUCCAACUUGGUUGAAGAAAUCAAUGGAGUUGCGAGAGCCCGAUGCUCCCGAGGCCACCCCGAUGUUGAGCUUUCCCUGGAUUGCUGCUGAUUAUCUUGCACGGAUCAAGAUCAAAUGCAGGCGAAUGAAAGGUAUCGACCCAACGAAGCCGAUUAACUCUUUGGCGAGUUAUCUUUCCGAUCGAAUGUGACGAUGGUUAGGGCUCUCUCCACUCUCCUUUUGCAGCUGUUUCAGAAAAUUAGGCUGCAAGACCACUCUGCCAAUAUAGAAUUAUAGUCGUGUCAUGUAGUAUUGUUGUAGUGUAUAAUGCAACACCAUUGAGUGAAACGAAUGUUGUAGAUUUUUAUCCCCUCGUGUAUCUAUGAAGUUUAUGGCGUUCUAUUGGAUA